CAAAAACAAAAAUCUAGAUCAGGAGAAUUUACCCAGAGAGAGAGAGAGCAAAAGAGAGAGAGAGAGAGGAAGAGACCAACGCGAUUUAUCGAUCCACCGGAGUUUUUGUCCCCUCCCCCGCCGCGAAAGAGAAUUAAUAUCGUCUUCCCGAUGUAUUGCUGAAGUAGUGAAGACAGUGGGGAUAAUAAUGAUGGAAGUGGAAGGGUCGAGCACUUCGAUGAAUCGUGCUUCUGAUCAAUCCUCCUCCUUACGAUCCAGACGAUCUAAAGCUCUGUAUCAGUUUAAGCAGCAGAAACUCCCAGCUUGUAAGCCAGUCUUAACACCAACGUCGGUUAUAACAGUGUUUCUACUGAUGGGUUUUGUUUUCAUUCCCAUUGGUCUCAUUACUCUUCGUGCUUCUCGUGAUGCUAUUGAAAUUAUAGACCGGUAUGAUGUUGAUUGCAUUCCUGAAGAAUAUAAAACCAAUAAAUUGUUGUAUAUAACUGAUUCAUCUAUCCCAAAGAAUUGUACGCGUUACUUGAAGGUACAAAAGUAUAUGAAAGCUCCAAUUUUUAUCUACUACCAGCUCGAUAACUACUAUCAAAACCACCGUCGGUAUGUAAAGAGUAGAAGUGAUCAGCAACUGUUACAUGGACUUGAGUAUAGCCACACAAGUUCUUGUGAACCCGAGGAGUCAGCUAAUGGCCUCCCGAUUGUUCCUUGUGGUUUGAUGGCUUGGAGUAUGUUCAAUGAUACAUUUGCGUUUGCUCGUGAAAGAACGAAACUGAAGGUGAGCCGGAAUAACAUUUCGUGGAAAAGUGACCGUGAGCACAAGUUUGGAAAGAAUGUGUAUCCUCUCAAUUUCCAGAAUGGAACUUUGAUUGGUGGAGCAAAGUUAGAUCCGAAAAUUCCACUAAGUGACCAAGAGGACUUUAUCGUGUGGAUGCGAGCAGCUGCGUUGCUAAGCUUCCGGAAGUUAUAUGGAAGAAUUGAAGAGGACUUGGAACCUGGAAACGUUGUUGAAGUAAAUUUGAUGAACAAUUACAACACUUACAGCUUUAGUGGGCAGAAGAAGCUUAUUCUAUCCACAUCAAAUUGGUUAGGAGGAAGAAAUGAUUUCCUCGGCAUCACCUAUAUUGUCGUUGGUUCUUCUUCCAUAGUCAUAUCCAUCAUCUUCAUGCUGCUCCAUUUGAAAAAUCCGAGGCCUUAUGGGGAUAAUUCUUGGAACAAGAAAAGCCUUUCAAGUUGAGAAGCUCUUACAUUCUUACUCUGACAGAUUCCGAUUCCAGGUUCAUAUAUAUUCCUACCUACUCAAGAGCUGUAAUUUGUCACUAUAUAUAUGAUCAUCUAGAUAAAAGGAGUACGUAACCUAUCUGUGAGCCUAUAGUUCUAGAAAACUGAGAGAAGGUUCCUCCGUUCUCUCUAUGAUCCUUGUGUUCGGGUUCUAAAGAUUAAAUGAAAAGAUAAUUGUUUGACCCUUCUUUUACUCUUAAACCUCUAAUGUGAUGGGUUUAAUUGGGUAUAUCUGUUUUUAGAGCCUCUAAGUUUAGCAAAUCUAAGAAAAGCAUUAUAGAGAAUGCAUCAGUGGCGCUCUGCAAACCUUACAUUUAUUUUCUUCUCAAUUUUCCAUAUUUGCACCACCUGAAGUCUCUCUAUAUAGCCUCUCCCAUUUGUAUUCUCCACAUCAUAUGCACCUCUAAGUUCUCCCAUUGAAAGAUCUUUCAUUCAUCAAGUCAAAAGCAUCUUUCAAUCUUCCUCUGCCCUCCUCACUCGUAAAAGAUCCAUUUUUUUCUUUCUCAAACUAAACCCGUGUUUUUCCUUCUGCUGCAUCGGAUUGUUGUCGGCGAAAAGAGAACUGGGUGAAAGAAAAAAAAAUGGCCAAGGAAAUGAGGUUUGUUCAAACAUGGGGAGAGGUAGCACCAAGGCUUAUUGCAUCUCACCAGAAACAACAACAACAAUUCUCAAACUUGCCAAAGCUUGAGACGAUUUUCGAAGAAGGAUGUUGCGUUGAUAGUCUUUCUGUUAGGGCGCCGAAGCGGAUUGUAAUCUUUCUUCCUCUUGCACUCUCAAUGAUUUUGUACAGGUGUUGCACAAGAGUAUCAUAGGUUAUUGAUUUGACUUUGUCUAUUGGUAUUGAGACUUUUGAAUCUGUGAUGAUGAGAAGAAGAGAAUGUUCAGGACGAUAUACAAGAGAGAUUGGAAAUGUUGUUGAUGAUGCAAAGUUAAGGACAAAAUCUCUAUGCGAAAUUAGGUCAAGAGAGAGUUGAAAUUGAAUUGUCUGUGUUUUUUCUUUCCAGGAUUUGUAAUCUGAUUGCUGAUUCUGAUUUAUUCAAUUGAAUAAACUCUGAUGAGUUCUAGACAAAUACAAGCUUUAGUUCAGUUUUU